GGCAAGCAACCAAUGGGAAUUAGGUAUGGAAAUGGCUUUCAGUGUGAUAUCAGUUGGCAGUACUGUCCUUGGCAAACAGACGCAGAGCUGAGCGUCUUUCGUUCUUUGUGAUUUUCAAGAGCCUUCAUCUUGAUUUCCACUCUGAACCAGCUUAGUCUUGAAAGAUGGUAUCUCUGGUCUUGGUAGUUUGGAGAAGAACUUGAUUUGAGAGCGGUGCUGUAAUGACAGGUUAGUCUGUGGUAGUGAAAGUAGUAACUCACAUCUGAAUUCAUCAAGUUAGGACUGAAAAAGCAGUGUCAAAAAUGAACUCUUUCUUCUGGGUGCAAAGAGAAGAUAACAGCAGCAGGACAGAAUUACUCUGCGGCAAGACAGCUGGCUACACUAUUGUAAAUGGGCAUUUCACAAUGCUUGUGUGUUUCACGAUUGUCCUGGGAGGAUUUUUGAAGACCUGUCUAAGGAAUUCUGAAGUCAUUGUUUUGAUAAUUCUUUCUGUGUCAGGAUUUAUGAUAGGACAACUGGCUCACAGUUUUGUUCAGGUGCACGAAAUUGUCUACCCUCUUCUGAAAACACCAAGCUUUUCACUUUAUUGUUAUUUUUCACCUAUAAUUAUAUUUAUGGCUGCUUUGGAUGUGGACUUUUAUAUACUCAAGAAUAUGCUUUGGCAGGUCUUCCUAACAGGAUUAAUAAGCUUUGUUGUGGCAUUCAUCGUAAUUGGAUAUGUCGUUCUGAAAUUCAAUGAAGAGUCAUGGGAUUUGCAAUCUUGCCUACUCUUUAGCAUGACCCUUGGCAUUACAGAUCCUAUUUUUUCUGUGAAUUCACUGAAAACUAUUGGCAUUUCCAAAAUGUAUACUGAUAUCAUAAGAGGAGAAUCAAUGAUAAUUUGUGGCUUCACAUCCAUACUUUUUGGACUUUUUCGGAACAACUUACUCCACAUUUCCAUACUUAGAGACUUACAUGUAAUCACGGGCCUCUGCUUGGGCAUCUUUGGAAGCAUAAUAUGUGGAUAUUCGUGUGCAAGAAUCAUUCAGUUUAUAUUGACUGACCUCUUUAGCAAUACACUAACUAGUGUCAUUCUUUGCAUUUCAAUGGUGUACCUGACUUUCUACGUUGUGGAAUUUUUGGGAAUGUCAGGAAUGAUUGCGUUAGUCACUGUAGGACUGAAUUUAGAUUCCUUAAGCUUUAAACCGAGGAUUGAGUUAACAAUUACUAAGUUCCUAAUAAUGUUUUCAACUGUAUACCAACAUUUAAUAUAUACUUUCUUUGGCAUUGUAAUUGGAUGUGGACAAAACAAGUAUUUGGGAUUUCACAGUAUGGUUUUCAUGUUCAUUUUAUUUACAACAGUGAAUUUUGUAAGGUUGCUUACUAUUGUGUUAGUGAGCCCUCUUCUGAUGCGUGUAAAUUAUGACUAUAACUGGAGAUGGGGAAUUGUUAUAGCAUGGUCUGGAAUUAAAGGAGUUUUUAGUUUACUCUUGGCUCCUGAAAUUCAUAAUCUGGCUGAUCAAAAAAUAGAAUCACCACAAAUGUUUUUAUUGUAUGUACAGGUAAUAUCACUAAUGACUAUGGGAAUAAAUUCAUACAUGAUGACUCAUUCAGCCAGGACAUUAGGUUUGUGUGCUAUUUCCCUCCCAAGGCAAAUGGCCAUGCAGAAUGCCAUUAAGCACAUUCAGGAGAUAAUACAGAACACAAUAACGCUAUUUAAAACAGAAAAAAUUUUGACAAAUGUUAAUUGGACCUUAGUAGAAGAAAAAACAAAGAUUGAAUACACCAUUCCUUCUGAUACUGUUCAGUUUUCCCACGUUUCUUGUGGUAGUGAAACGGAGGAGUCCCCAACAGAAGAAGUUUUAAUAGAAGAAGCCAGAUUGCAUGUAGCUAUAAUACAAAUGAGUAGCUUUGAAAAACAGUGUAAUGAUGGAACCCUCAGUGUAGAGGCAGCCCGGAUAUUAAUCGGUGCAACAAAAAGCUAUUGCCCCAUCCAAGGAAAAUUCAUGAGUAUUUACGAUGUUUCAACUUACAUAAGAGCUAGAAGUUGGCUUAUGAAGUUUAAAAACAUGUUAACUUUUUUGGAAUAUCAUAAAGAUAAGGCACUUCUUAUUCUAUAUGGAAAUAAUAAAUUUCUGCUUUUUGUAUAUCACAUUGUAUUUUCAGAAGAAUUUGAAUAUGCAGGACAUGUUAUAACAUUAAUAUACAUUUAUCCCAUGAUAGUGCAUCUAUGGCCAAUGGCAAGAGAGUUAAAUGUGUCAGCACUUAUGUCAAUAAACUACUAUUUUGUAUUUUUAUAUAUAUUUCAAUCAGCACUGAAGAUAAUAAUUUUGAAAAGGAAAUAUUUUCGUGAAUAUUGGAAUACUUUGGACUUUUUUAUCAUGCUUCUUGGAAUCAUUGAUAUCUUUUGUAUAUACUUUGUCAAAUUGAGACAAGACAAUUUUGUUCUUAUUCAGGUUACAGUAAUACUAGGAUAUUUCAGAAUACUUAGGUUUAUUCCUCUCAUCAAGAUAAUAAUACCACUACUGGUAAAUAUUGUCGAUGUGCAGAUCAAAAAGCGCCUCCACUUGAUGUAUAGUAUUACAAAAGGUUAUGUCAAAAGUCAAGAGGAUACCAAAUUUUUAAUAAAACAAAUUUCCAGCCGAGAAUCAAUAUAUCAGAAAUUAUAUGAAAUUUUGGAAACCAACAAACGAGAUGCCAUCAAAGAACUAGGACUCAUAGAGCACGAGGGUCGUGAUGUUGUCAUUGCUUUGAAGACUAGGCAGGCAAUCCGGAACGUGAUUGCUAAAGCUCUGAAAAACCUCACCUUCCUUUGGUCAAGAGGCAUUAUUGAUAAACAUGAGGGCAUCGUGAUGAAUAAGGUACUUCUUAGGAAAAUAAAGGCACUGAAUGACUUUCCAAUGGCAAUCCCGCCACCAACUCCUGACAAAUAUCUUCAUAAUAUUGUUUGGCUGGAAAAUAAAGAUGUUCUCAUUGAGUUCUUCAAGGAAAGAGCCAAACUUGCCUACUUCGACUAUGGAGAUGUCAUUUGUAAAGAAGGUGAAAUGCCACAAGGAAUCUACUUAAUUAUUUCAGGAAUGGCAAUUUUGCAUAGCUCACCUCCUACCUUUGGAAUAGACAGUAGCCUAAGGUCUGAUAGAGAGUUCAAAACCAUGUUUACAGAAUACUGUACCAGUGGGGACGUCAUUGGAGAGCUGAGCUGUCUUCUUAAGCGUGAAAUUGAAUAUACUGCCAUUUGUGAAACUAUUUUACAGGCCUGCUUUAUCUCCCUGGAGGAUUUGUAUGAAGGCUUUGAUGUCUUCUGGCCAUCCUUGGAAUAUAAAAUAUGGCUAAAGCUUGCACUCAGUAUUGCCUAUCAGUAUUUUGAAUCAAGUCUCAUUGAUGAGAACUUAGAGUUUCAGAAGUGUGCGGCGUUCAAUCUGGCAUAUGUGGAGACUUUAUCAAGCUAUAAUGAAAUGGUCAUCGAUAAUAUGACUAUGAAAUUCGUUAUUAUUGUGUAUGGCAGUGUGAUUGAUACUAAGACAGAGGUACAAUAUCUUGCACCUUGCAUUUUGCCUAAAACCUGUGAGCAGAUUCAGGGAACUUCAGAUUUAAGCAAGCUGCUGGUUAUCCAAGCAUCCAAGCCUGCCAAAAAUACCAAUGACUCCAAAGUCAUGGUCAACACUGGUCUUCGAACGACCCACAGAGAAUAUAAUUGGAAGAGAAAAAAGGAGUUGGAAACUGGACCCUAUUUUAAAAAGGAAUACUAAUGGUGCUAAGGUGAUAUGUGGAGUCAGGUAAAAAAGACUGAGCUAAUAUCCUGGCUCACGUGCUGAAGGAUUACCUGGCAAGGAGGUUACUCAGAAGUUGCUGAAAUGGCUAAUAAAUACUGCUGUAUUUAUUUCACAAGCAAUUGAGCUGCUGGAAAAGCUCUAACUUUAAGCAGUUGCAUUAUACUUGAGAUGUUCAAAAUUCUUCAGGAUGAUAAUAUAAUUCAUGGCCUACCAAAUGAAACCAAAUAGAGCAAUUUAUGAGAAUUCAAGUAAUCAGAAGCAUUGUACACUUAAUAUAUUACUGACUGAAGCAUACAACUUAUAUAAUUUGAUUUGUUGUUAAUGACCCCCUAACAUUUUCCAGUGAAAAGUUAUUCCCUCCCUCCCCAAUUUAGUAUAUGUUGAAAAAUGGAACUAUGUUCUCUAACCUUAGUUGGUGAAAGCAAAGUUUAGGAGAGGUUAAUAGUCUUGCAUUGCAUAAUACUGUUUGAUAUCACUUUUCAGUUUCUUUUUAAAAGUCAAAUAAAGUUGAAUGUUAUGGUCUGAUUGUUUAUUAUUUAGAAUCCAUUAUGCCUUUUCAUUUCAACAAGAUUUCGAAAGGAUAUUUGAUGCUCUACUCUAGGGAAAACCCUAAGAGAGGUAAGAAUAAGAAGAAAACGUAAGACAAAAAGUCAGCCUAUUUAUUAGAACCUUUUGGACACCUGCCACAACAGGACAGUAUUUCAGCGUGGACUGUGGAUCCCCUGAGUGUCAGCAAAUACUGGAUGUGGCUGCACACGUAGGAACCUGGCCACCGUGACUGAACCACAGAGGCUUCAUUUUUUUCUCUUUUUGAUUAUAGUUGAUGCACUAUGGUUACAUUAGUUUCAGGUGCACAACAUGGACAAGUGUAGACGUCACGCCGUGCUCACCACAAGCAUAGCUACCAUCUGUCACCACACGAUGCUACUCUAACGCCAUGGACGAUAUUCCCUGUACUAUACCUUCCAUCCCUGUGACUUAGUCUAAUUAAAGGCUUCAUUUUUCUUAUAGUAACAAAACAUCUAGAAAUAGGCAGAAAGGGAUGGGUGCAGCUGGUUGAGGAAGUAAGU